AUGCCCGAGAACACGGAAACGUCAGCAUCCGGCUUAUUGGCCUCUGAGCCUCCAGGCUACACGGCGGUGCCCAACCGCGACAGGAGAGUGAGCUCCGGCGGCAGCGAGGGAUAUGCGAAUCUGCGUCCUCGCGACACCAUUCGAUCUGUUAAUUCGGAGAGAAUGGGCAUCUCACUGGAAGAGUAUCGGCAAAAGAUGGCCAGUGCCAAACUUGUGGGAGCCCUGAUCUUCAUGGAGAUGGGCAGAGUCUGCAUCGAGCCAAGCUCUGUGUACGGAGCGGCUAUCCUGAUGCCACAGGUGGCACGAACCGCAGGAUGGCCACGAUCCAUGGUUAGACCUGUCUUCAAGAGCUACUUCUACCUCUACGUUUGCAUGUUCAUUCACGGUGCUCUGCUGUGCUAUAUCCGCAAGGAGCAAGCAGUGAUGGACUUGUAUGCAGGACAGAUGUAUCUCUGCGAUUUCGGGGCAAACCUGAAUGCCUGCACCGCUGAUCCCGGGGCCGAAGGCUGCACCGGGCCAGCUGGAACGUCGGUCACCGCUCCACGUCUAUACAGCUGGAGCGCAUGGUCCACACGCAGCUUCAUGGCCGCCUCCCUUCAGUUGCUUUUCCCCGACAAGGCGGAUGACAUCAGGAAAAAUGUCGAUCCUGGCGAGUACGGUGUGGAGAGCCACAACUGCCGGCUGCUGUGCUGCUUGGUGUUCGUCAUCAGCAUCGGACAGGAGGCGCACAACAUUAUGCAGAUGGCAAGGCUGCUGUAUUACGUGCCGAGCACAAGCGAGCCAUGGUUUGAGCUUGGCGAGGAGGAGGAGGAUGAAAGUCAAGAGAGCAUGGAGAAGUGGCUUGGGCAGGUGACCGUCAAAGUGGCUGGCAUGUCCAGGUUAUGGAAAGCAGUGAAUGUAGUGCUUGUGCUGAUCCCAAAGUUCCUUCUUUGGGAGAUGACGGCAAGUACAGGCGUCGACUUCCUGAUGGAAACAGCAGGCAUCGACGACCUCAUUGUCAACUCGGUGGCCUUAGGCUUCUUGCUCACGCUGGAUGAGAUGCUCACGGAAGCCAUGAUGUCACACCAGGUCCAUCACCUCCUGGCCGAGUGCAAUGCUCUGCCGCUUUACAGUCAAGUGGAUGUGGAGUCUCAGUCGGAUGAGGAGAUUCUGUCGAAGUUGCAGACCCUGCAGCCGAGCCUCGCCGCCCUCCUUUGGCAGCUGCUCCCGCUGUCCUUUAUUUUCGCCAUCGCGUUGACGGCGUUUUGCGUCAUGCGCUACUAUCUGCUUCACUGCCAGUUUGUCGAUGGACGUUGGGUGUCGAAGGACAUGUACCUGCCGAAGACCUUGACCAUGUCCGUAGCGAGUGCCGUCCUCCCCUCCAUCUUUCCACUGGACGCAGCGGCGGAGCCUUACUGGUCCAUGCCCUGA